CGCCGCCGCUCUGGGCGCCGGCACUCUAUGGCUGCGGCGCGGCCUGUUGCGCUCCGGCUUUGACGGUCGGGAGUCGGGUUCUCCGGCGGCCCAGUCCAGCCCUUCCGCUUCCUUUCUGGAGGCCGGUAGCGGAGGCGGCCAGAGAGAGAGCGAGAGACCGGUUCAGUGGAGGGCCCGCCCUGCCCUCAGUCCUGAGGGGGCCCUGUCACUCAAGCGCCAGUGUCCGCGAGGCAGGCGACACAGAGAGAGAGAGAGAGAGAGAGAGCGCGCGCAGGAGGAGGAGGGGGCUGCUUGCGCGCCUGCCUUCCGCUCCCUCCCCCAGGAGCCAAGGUCCCUCUUGAGGAGAGGCCCCGCCGUGCCCCAUGGACAGGCACAAAGUCAAGCGCCAGAGGCUGGACCGCAUCUGCGAAGGUAUAAGGCCACCAAUUGGUAAUGGUCCCAUGCCAGCUCGUCCGUUGGUUGCCCUUCUUGAUGGCAGGGAUUGCACUGUAGAGAUGCCUAUCCUGAAAGAUGUAGCCACAGUUGCUUUCUGUGAUGCACAGUCAACUCAGGAAAUUCAUGAAAAGGUGCUAAAUGAAGCUGUUGGGGCUCUGAUGUACCACACCAUUACCUUGUCCCGCCAGGACCUGGAGAAGUUCAAAGCUCUCCGGGUUAUUGUGCGAAUUGGCAGUGGCUAUGACAAUGUGGAUAUCAAGUCAGCUGCAGAAUUAGGCAUUGCGGUGUGUAACAUCCCUUCUUCUUCUGUGGAAGAGACAGCUGAUUCUACCUUCUGCCACAUUCUGAACCUUUAUCGCCGUGUUACCUGGCUCCACCAGGCUAUGCGAGAAGGAAGCAGAGCCUCAAGUAUGGAGCAAAUCAGAGAAGUCGCUGGAGGUGCUGUGCGUAUCCGUGGUGAGACCUUGGGCAUCAUUGGACUUGGUCGAGUUGGGCAGGCAGUUUCCCUGCGAGCAAAACCCUUUGGCUUCAAUGUGGUUUUCUAUGAUCCAUAUCUGCCUGAUGGAGUGGAGCGUUCCCUGGGCCUGCAGCGGAUGGCCACUCUACAAGAUCUGCUAAUGCAGAGUGAUUGUAUCACAUUGCACUGCAGUCUAAAUGAACACAAUCACCACCUCAUCAAUGACUUCACCAUUAAACAGAUGCGUCAAGGCUGCUUACUGGUGAAUACAGCUCGUGGAGGACUGGUUGAAGAGAAAGCUCUUGCUCAAGCUCUCAAAGAGGGGAGGAUCAGAGGGGCAGCAUUGGAUGUGCAUGAAUCAGAGCCCUUCAGCUUUGCAAAUGGGCCCCUAAAAGAUGCUCCCAAUGUGAUCUGUACACCUCAUACAGCCUGGUAUAGUGAACAGGCUUCCAUUGAGUCUAGAGAGGAAGCGGCUAAGGAGAUCCGAAGAGCCAUCACAGGUCACAUACCUGACUCUUUGAGGAACUGUGUUAAUAAGGAGUACUUGCUUUUGGCAGCUCAGUGGUCCAGCAUUGAUCCUGCAGCUGUGCAUCCCGAACUUAAUGGAGCUGCAGCUUACAGGUUUGCUCCAGGAGUAGUCGGAGUAGCAAAUCCUGGGCUGCCAGAGCCAUCAGUAGAGGGUAUUGUACCUCAUGGCAUUCCCUCCGUGUCUCAUUCUGCACCACACACUCCUUCUCCAGGAGAGUCAAGCAAAUUGGAGCCAGACAGAGAAGUCUCCACUGACCAGUAGCAUCUCUGUUGUAUUUUUCAUCCCUCAUAAGAAAACAGGAGAGGCCUUCUGUUUUUAGGACAUAUUAUGACCCCCUGGACUGUUUCCUGUUCACUCUGGACAGGAGAAUGCAUUUCAUUGUUGGCAAAUUCUAGCUCUUGCCUUUAAGCAGGUAUUUUAUAACAGAUUUAGUUUAACUUUCUUGAUGAAUCUCUUUUCCUGUCUGGGGCAAUGAAGCAAUGAAUUUUCAUCUUCUUGGUAAUAUUUAGUUUGUUAAAAGUUCCCAUGCACCUGCCUCCAGUGGUGGUAUACUGUAGAACAGUACAUGGAUGAACACUGAGAACUCCAGUAAAUCCAGGGAUGGUGUGGUUUGUUUUAAAGUGACUUCUAAGGUUGAAGAUCAGCUAAGUCUCAGGUAUAGGUGACAAAGAACACUGUAAUUAUGCUGGGGGUGGGGAGCCAUGCAUGUGGGUUAUUUGGAAGCAAAAAAGAGAGCCCUUACUCAGUUUUGGGCACGUACUGCUCUAAUCCUGCCCACAUUCUUUAAUUGGUGUGGCUAGUGGAUUAUUUUUUGCAAGGAAGGUAAGCAUAAAUAAUGAUAAAAGCCAGUGUGAAUUAGAAAUUCUACCUAGAAUUGUGAUUUGUGUUCAGAGCAUGUACCAAGAAUCAGUUCAGUUGUCUUGACAGACAAAAUGCUUACAGAAUUAUAGAAAGGUUCGACUGAGAUUUGGGCCCAGCUCAGGGAUUGAGAACUCAGAUCCACAUAGAGAGAUAGAAAGAACUUCAGAAUUCAGCACUUCAAGUUAUAUAAAUGUCUGUCCUUUGCACACAAGUAGUGCAAAUUUGCUACAAGAAGAUGAUUAUGCUGAAAUCCUAGGAGUUAGUCUCUUUGACCUAUCUCUUAACAUGCAUCAAAUGCCAAGGUUAGGAUUGUUCCCUUUGAUAUUAUUUAGUGUGAAAUAUCCCAGUUGUGUGUGCUGAAUCUUCAUUUUCCUUACCUCAGCCCUUUUCUGUAAAUUGAGUCCUUGUCUUGCAACAACAACAAAAUCACCAAAACUCCCUAUUAGAUCCAGCAGAAAGUUGUGUAGGUUCUUCUUCAAAAAUUUAAUUGCCUGUUCUGUGGUAGUUCUAAAGAUUUUCUAAUUUGGAUGUAUUUUAAAGAAGGCAUUUAAUCUUUUUUAGACAAAGAACUAGGGUGGUAAAUUGUUUUUCAUGAAGGGGUAAAUUUAUUAUUCCCUGGAACAUUAUCUCAGCAGCAUAUUUAAUCAUGAAACAAAAUAUUUAUUCCUGUUGGAAGUUAGCCUUGUCAUGUUACUUGGACUUCACAGUAAUCUUUGACCAUGAAACCAAUAUGAGUUUUAACCAAUAUGCCUAAUACAGGCAACAGAGAAAUUUUGAAAUGAAGAAUGGGAUUUUUUUUCUGAGUAGAAUCUACUUUUUUAUUUUUCCAAAUAUAAUUACCAGCCAGGUAACCUGGGAAUUGGGUGGUAAGCGCUUAUGUUAUAUGCUUGCUGCUAAAGUUAAUAAUAGGCUAACAUGUUCCCAGACUUCACUGUUAUUCUCCAAACAGUCUUACAAAAGUUACAGGGUUUGGUACAAUGCCAAGCACUAACUAACAGGUGUGUAUGCCCUUUAAACCAGGGGUGGGAAUCAUGCAGCUGUCCAAAUGUUGUUGGACUGAAACUUCUAGACUUUUCCUGCAUUGACUGUACUGCCUAGGGCUGCUGGGACUUGAAAUCCAGCAUUAUCUGGAGGGUGCAGGAUUCUCACCCCUAUUUUAAAGUGAAGGAGGUGUUGAGAAAGAAGGAAAUCUAACUUUUGUAUUGUAUAGGUUUGAUUCUUUCCUUAAGAUGAUACAUGGUUACCUGAUAGUGUGUGCUUUUGUUAGAAUGUGAGUUGGAAGUGUUUGGUGUAGUGUAGGCUCUGAUAGUGUGGGAGGCACAACAGCUUUAUAAUCUCUUGGAUCAUUAUGACUGCGUAUUUAAAUUCACAUACCUCUUGGGGUUGCUCAGGGUUUUUAGUAAUAUGUGUAUGAAGGGCACACUAAUAGACAUUAGUGCCAAGUGUGGCAGUAAAUGUGUGGGGAGCCUUUGAGUGAAGCCUCCAGCUCUGAAGAGCUUGAAUUAGGAGAAAAAGCAGCAAGUUCCAUUUUGUUUGUUUUUAAAUUUAGUCUGUGGACUACUACAAUCUAACUGAUCUCAAAUAUAAUCUCAGAUUAUAUUUCCACUGGUGCGGGCAUAUAAUAAUGAUAGAUCCUUUAAAAGUUAAAGGAUUGGGAAUGGUCUGUGGGGCAAGACAAGCCCCUAGCUCUCGGCAAUCUUUGGGUGUGUAAAUUUCCCCAUCGUCUGGUUCUAAAAUUUGGUUCAUAUCUGAUUUAGCAAGGAUUAAUAUUGGACAGAUGUAAAUCUAAAUCAGAGUAAAGAGGCAAACAGAAUGAGUCAGUGAGAGGAAACACAGCAUAUGAUCUUGCUACUCUAUUAGCCCUACUAAAGGUUCCACAUUGUAUUAUGUCUGCACCAACCCUCAAAAAGUGAUGUUCUCUGUAUGUGGGCUGCUUUUAUUACCUUUGCAAGUCAUUUGUUGAGAGAAACCCCUAAUCUGUGGAACAUUUAACACAUUUUUCAUGCACUCCAGAUGGCCCUAACACCAAGGGCUACUUCAGAAAGCAGUUCAAGUCUUUGCAUAUUUCUCUGCUAGUUCCCAUCUCACUGCACCCAAGUUCUGAUACAUAAUGUAUACUAUCCAAAGCCGUGGCAUCUGAUAAUUUCCAUGCCAGUGGCGCAGUGAAUCCACUUCAGGUUUCAGUCUGAGCUUUAACCAGGUGCUGAGCUUGAUUCCAAAAAUAGUUUCAACACCCUGGGUCGCUCAUUUAAAGUAUAGUCUAAAUCCCAGGACAGAUUCACCAUCCCACUGACACAGAAGCCUUUAGCUGCUAAAUGGAUAACUGUAUUAGUCUGUUUCAGGAAAUAUGAGAAAGAUUACUGUGGCAUCUUUAAUGCAUUUAUGAUGGCCCUAGCUUUUGUACAACAGGUUCCACUUCAUCAGAUGCAUGUAGUAUAAUCCUACAAUAAGUGUGUAUAUACACUUUAGGAUUUAUAUACCUGAUAAAGAUGCUGCUGCUAUGCAGAACUGUAUACCAGUAUAUACAUGUUAGUCUUUAAGGUGCCACAACAUUCUUCGUUCAUAAUACAUAAUAUAAAUGUGCAUGUAUUCAUUUCUGCUUCUAAUACUUUUCUCAUCAUGUUUGGAUCGUUUUGCUGUGACUGAGACGGUAAAAAAAAUCCACAAUGAGAAGAUAUGAAAAUUGGGUUAAUGAGACAAAGGGUAGGAAAAAAAGCUAUGGAGGAAGAGCAGAUGACUGUAGAUGUCUCCCUUUUAGUUCCUUAAACAUGGCUAAAUAUGGAUUUUAUAUUGUGAUACUGAAUACAUACUGACUUUAGUAGAGUAUGCCUCUACUAACCAUGGUCCCCUGCCCUAGUAGAAGAUACUGAUGUGUUCCUUUGGCAUCUUGCAACCUAGAUAGUUUGUUCAGUGUGUUAAAACUGCCUCCUCAGUUGUGUCAACUAUGGGUUGAGUAUUCCUUCUGAAGAGAAGUAAAAAGAUUAUUGUCCCAGUGUCAUACUAUAUUAUAAACAGAGUACAUCAGCAAUUUAUUUUCCUGAACUUGCUUUUGGCAGUUUAUCUUUUGUUUAUAAGAUUUUUGAUCCAGGUCCCCAGCUGUCAGAAUCCCCAAACUCUGUUACGUUGUCUGUUCAGGGAGUAGUGUAAGAUACGCUUAAUUAUAAGUGUCAGCUGUGUAUUAGUAAGCAAGUUAUUUUUUACACAUGAAUACCUCUAAAAACUUAUCAGGUAUAGCCUCCACAUGGAGAGAGAUUGGGAUGGUCCCAGCUGGCUAGCACUGAGCCUCUUUAGAAACCAUACAGGUUGGCAUAUAAAAACAUAUGUAAAAGUAUAUUUAACAGUGGUAGGGUUGUAUCAAGUCUCUGGAUGCUGGAGGAGCAUGAUUUUUAAGCCUUAAGACCUCAAAAAUAACCAGUAUUACUGACCUAUAUUUGAGAUUAAAGUGACUUUGAAAUUACCAGGGUGGCUUUACUUGAGGGUCUAGAUCAGAUUUGAGUCUCUAGCUGAUUAAGCUUCUGUUCCAGAAAGCAGGAUUGGUCAGGUGCUGAUUAAAGUGCUCCAGCUGCUCUUCAUGGUAUUUUGCUAGUUAGAAUUAGCUGUUGCCACAGGAAGCAGCAAACCUUGGGUACAAAUGCAAACAUAGUAUUUCUCUCCUGACACCAGAUAUUGGUUCAGUAACCCUUUUCUCACAUUAUAUAAAUGUGCAACUCCUUGUUCCAAAUUCUAUGCAUGUUGGGAGAAGAAAGAAGUAAGAGAAAUAAAAACUCAUGUUUCAGUUGCCUUUCUUCAGAAUUAAUGUGGAGCUUAAUCCCAAAGAACGACUUUCCCAAUAUUGAGGCAGGAGUGUCCUGGGUCAUGCCAAGCUUAUCUGCAGGAGGAGCUCAUUCUGUUCUAAGGUAUAUUCUGCUUGUCAGGUUUGCUGUUGCUGACCAGCUUUUUUUAUAGAGGACUCAGAGUUUCAGAAAUAUAUUUUUGUAGACAAUAACUAAACUGUGAAACUUAAACAACAAAGCAUGUAAAAGCAUUUCCAACAACAUUACCUGUACAGAUGUUUCUCCCUUCCAACUCUCUCCCACCUUUUGUUAGAAGUUUGACAAUUUCUUGAAUAUAUUUUAAUAAAUAUUUCCUUUAUGGUCA